GCCCUUACCUGAGUUCCCCUUCCUCUCCCUCCCCCACCGCCCUCCCUAAUUAUUGGGCCGGGAGGUUUUCAAGAUAACCGCGCCGUGGGGCGGGCGCAAUGGGUGCAACCGGGACCCGGAAGUGACGCGCUCACCUCGCGCCGGCGGCGAGAGGGUUCGAAGAUGGCGGCGCGCAAGGGCCAGCGGCGCGUGUGUGAAACCGGGGAACCCAUGGACGCCGAGUCCUGCGACACAGGUUCCAAGAGACCGGCCCAGGUGUAUCUGCCCGGCCGGGGGCCGCCGCUACGCGAAGGGGAGGAGCUGGUCAUGGACGAGGAGGCCUAUGUGCUGUACCACCAAGCGCAGACUGGCGCCCCCUGUCUCAGCUUCGACAUAGUCCGGGAUCACUUGGGAGACAACCGGACAGAGCUUCCUCUUACGCUUUACCUGUGUGCCGGGACCCAGGCAGACAGUGCCCAGAAAAACAGACUAAUGAUGCUUCGGAUGCACAAUCUGCAUGGGACGAAGCCCCCAUCCUCAGAGGGCAGUGAUGAAGAGGAGGAAGAGGACGAUGAAGAGGAUGAAGAAGAGCGGAAGCCUCAGCUGGAGCUGGCCAUGGUGCCCCACUAUGGCGGCAUCAACCGAGUUCGGGUGUCAUGGCUGGGCGAGGAGCCUGUGGCUGGGGUGUGGUCAGAGAAGGGCCAGGUGGAGGUGUUCGCACUGCGGCGGCUCCUGCAGGUGGUAGAUGAUGCUCAGGCCCUGGCUGCCUUCCUCCGCAAUGAGCAGGCCGGCAUGAAGCCUAUCUUCUCCUUUGCUGGCCACAUGGGCGAGGGCUUUGCACUCGACUGGUCCCCCCGUGUGCCUGGUCGCCUGCUGACCGGCGACUGUCAAAAAAACAUCCACCUUUGGACACCUACAGAUGGCGGCUCCUGGCAUGUGGACCAGCGGCCAUUUGUGGGUCAUACACGCUCCGUAGAGGACUUGCAGUGGUCACCAACUGAGGACACGGUGUUUGCCUCAUGCUCAGCUGAUGCCUCCAUUCGCAUCUGGGAUAUCCGGGCAGCCCCCAGCAAGGCCUGUAUGCUCACCACAACCACUGCCCACGAUGGGGACAUCAACGUCAUCAGCUGGAGCCGCCGGGAGCCCUUCUUGCUCAGUGGCGGGGACGAUGGAGCCCUUAAGGUCUGGGACCUUCGGCAGUUCAAGUCUGGCUCUCCAGUGGCCACCUUCAAGCAACAUGUGGCCCCCGUGACCUCCGUUGAGUGGCACCCCCAGGACAGUGGAGUCUUCGCAGCCUCGGGGGCAGACAACCAGAUCACACAGUGGGACCUGGCAGUGGAGCGGGAUCCUGAAGCUGGUGAUGCAGAGGCCGACCCUGGGCUGGCUGACCUCCCGCAGCAGCUGCUGUUUGUGCACCAGGGUGAGACAGACCUGAAGGAGCUGCACUGGCACCCGCAGUGCCCUGGGAUCCUAGUCAGCACUGCCCUGUCCGGCUUCACCGUCUUCCGCACCAUCAGCGUGUGAGGCAGCCAAUGGGGCUGCUCUUCUGCUUGGGAACCAGAGCUGAGGUGGGUUUCCCGGAAGGGGCUCAUUCAGGUCUGUUGACUAAGCCCCUCUCUAAAGGAUACUCUUGGUCUGAUGGGCCCGUUGGCUGCCAUGAUGGAUUCUGUUGAUGUUCUCUAAAAGGACCCAGUUUGGUUCAGGGACUUCUCUUGCCAAAGGAUUUGGUUUGACUGUGGCUCUGUGGAGCUGCCCCUACCUGAAAACUAGCCCAGCGACCCCACCUGUCGAGGACUUGGCUGGCCUGUGUGGCAGUGGAUUUUCACCAGCUGUGAUGCCUGGCUUCAUCCUUUGACCUCUCUGCCCCAGGACCAGUCUUGGUUGCUGGUCUUCCCGGGGAACUCGGGGGCUCUACAGUGGGAGUCAGACAUGACUGGGACCUGCCCCUUCCUUGUCUUCCUGCCACCUGUGUUUGACCAGGAUUUCCCAUUGGGGGGCUGAAGGCCAUGCUGCGUCGGGAGGACAGUCAAGGCCCCUGAGAGGCAGUAAAGGACCGGAAUAAAACCUGAGGGAUGCGUGUGA